CUUCUGUUUUCUUUCACAGUAUUUCAAGAUGUCCAUGUUAUGAUCUACAUCGGGUUUGGUUUUCUGAUGACCUUCCUGAAGAAGUAUGGAUAUGGUUCUGUGGGAUACAAUUUCUUUAUUGCUGCCCUCGUCGCUCAGUGGAGUACAAUUAUAAAUGGUUUCUUUAACCAGAUCUGUUUGGACGGAAACGAUAACAUCAAAGUUAGCAUGCAAACGUAAGUUAAGACAUCUUCGUCUUUAACGCUUUCAAACUAUUGGUAAAACUAGCUUUUAAGAGAAAAUAUUAAGCAAUAUGUCAGGUCUGAUAUCGUGAGAGGGAGUAAGAAUUAACUCCUUACACCUCGACAUCAGCAUGCAUAUUCUCCAUACCGUGCUCUAUACAUUUUCUGAGGCGCUGACAAGGAGAAUUUGUUUAACAAUCAAGAGCUUCUUAAACUGGUGAACAUUUCCUUUAUGCUUGGUUCAGUGGUGAUAUUGUAAGGCUAGUCACGCUUUAGAUGAAGCUUUGUGAAGGAACAACAUUCUCUGCUUCACUGCUUCCUGUAUUUAGACUCUAAUUUAGACUCGAAGGAAGUGUAUUUAACUCGACUCAUGCCUCCUCUUUCUCUUAUUCCACGUAGUUUAAUUGGCGCAGAGUUUGCUGCCGCUGCAGUUCUCAUCACUUUCGGAGCGGUUCUAGGAAAAGUGAGCCGCCUGCAACUGCUGGUCAUCGGUAUCAUGGAAGUUGUGUUCUACGGAAUCAAUAAUUUGAUUGCUGUCAAAUAUCUGAAGUACGCAGACGCAGGGGGGUCAAUAGUCAUUCACACCUUUGGCGCGUAUUUCGGCUUGGCUUUGUCACGAGUGUUAUACAAUGAGGAUUCGUUGGACAGUCCAAAAGAAGCAUCCGUUUAUCAAUCAGAUAUUUUUGCCAUGAUUGGUAAGAUUUUGAGGUUGUCUAGUGUUUUCAUCCGCACUUUCACUAGCGUAUUAGUGUAAUUACGUGCAUGUGCCUCGAUACUAGUCAGUGUCAAAAGAUCCCCAACAUUACAUGAUUCCUGAGUCACGAGAUUGCGUGAAAGAUUGCUUGAUGCAUGAAUAUCUAGUUGGUCUUAUAGAAGUCACGCAAUGUUUCAAGAAACGAAUUGCGCGACCACGCACGACAGAUACAUAGUUACAAAUCUGACAUGCUGUGUAUGAUCAGUAUUCUUCGCAGCCGUGUUGUGUGAUGAAACGAAACGUUUGAGAGAAGCGCUGCGUCACAUUACAAAGAUCAGCUGUGAAGGAGACUUAUGAUAUUUGGUGGAGAAAACGAAAGCUGUUUCAAAAAUAUCGAUAGUAUCAAUAAGAGUAACAUCAGGACUUCAAAUCACUGUUAUUGUUAUUAUGAGAGACAUAACUGCCAUUCGAUACAUUUCAGUUUGUGCCACAACCCCCACUUUGGUUCUGAAACUUAGGUAUUCUAUAUUACUAUAUCAUACAUUCUGAUGCAUUUUAAAAUCAUUUUCAGGUACUGUAUUCCUGUGGUUGUUCUGGCCCAGUUUCAACGCUGCUCUGCUGCCUCCGGAUUACGUUGCUCAGCAACGUUCUAUUAUCAACACAUAUUUCUCCCUGACCGCUGCUUGCGUCACCACAUUCGUUUUGUCGCCCAUGUUUCAGAGAAGUGGAGGAAAAUGGAGGCUUAGCAUGGUGAAGAAACUAUUGUGAUUUUGAUGCAAACUGAGAAAAAUUUGUCUUCCUCUUGAUUCUUCUUUUGACUGUAGAUGAUUGCAAAAUAUUUCAGUGAGAUAAACGGGGACUUUAAAAAGACGCAAAUCAAGCGCUAGUUCUUCGAUAUGGUGAUGUCGAUGAAUAUUUCAAGAGAAUGCGCCAUCACUGUUUUAAGUUAUUCCUGAUUACCGUGAUUUUGGCGUGAAAGGCCAGUUGAAUUGAAAUUAAAAACCCUUAAAACCAAAAUCAAAGUAGUCGCGGUGGCCGUUCAGAGGAACAGAGAACAGUUUUAACAGCCAAUGGAAGAUAAAAAACCAACCAAACUGCCUAAAGCGUGGGAAAACGCUGGCAACCGGUAUCUAAUUGGCUGAGAGAGUGGUACGAGUUUUCUGGACCAACCACAGAGCGAAGUAAAGCAAAACCAAAACAACCCCGGAUUACUUUCGACACUCAAUUGAAAAUUGUUCAUUGCUAUCACCGAAUCUAAUCACAGCUUUCUCUACGUUUAAGGUUCAUGUUCAAAACGCAACACUUGCUGGUGGCGUUGCUGUGGGAACAGUGUCCAACAUGGCAAUCAAUCCUUUUGGAGCUCUUCUGAUUGGUUCUUGUGCCGGAGCAUUGAGCACUGUGGGAUACGUAUACAUUAGUGUGAGCAAAAACAGGUUGUUUUGUGUUGUAUCUUGAUUAUCUCUAAGCUUUUUUGGAAGGUCAAAACAUAACCGCGCAAAUCACUGAAACUGAAUUACAAAGAAAAUCGCGCAAAUCAGAAAUUACAAAGAAAACAAUGUGCUCGUGCUAACCGACGUUUCUAUUUUUGUUUCUGCUGCUAGUGACGUUAUGUAUUUGGCUUUAUUCCAUACUAACUCGAAUUUCCCCCAGAUGAAAUUUCAAAAUCUCGAAGAUUAAAAUCAGAUUUCAUUUUCAUGCUGAUUGUGGAGGAAAAUCCUUCAGAGAAUUCUACAGAUUUUCCGAUACCGACGCACAAUGUUAAAUUAAUCCAUUAACCCUUAAGAGUAACUGAGACCUAAUUUCCCCUUUCAGUAUCACGGCUGAUUCAAACAUUUAGGUCAUGAAAUGAAAGAAAUGAUCGCCAACUAAGAAAUCCCUGCAAUUUUUUAAAACAGUCUCCAAGUCGGUGCCACAGUAAACGUACGGCUAGCAGUAAGGAGAAUAUGCAUAUUGAUAUGAGUGCUAAUAAAUAAACUGCAGGUUAUAUUCUUCUGAGUGCUAAGGGCAAAACAUAGUUAUUUUCUAAUGUCUUUAUUCAAUCUCUAGCCAUUGUUGACGAGUUUUACUAAAAUCCAUGACACCUGCGGUGUGAACAACUUGCAUGGAAUGCCGGGAAUCUUUGGUGGCAUCGCGGGCGCUAUCGUCUCGGCUAGUGCUGAUUUUCAGACAUACGGAUACGAUGGGUACGUUAUCUUAGAAUUUUGAACAUCUCAACGUUAAUGCGCAUGACCUAAAGGGUGCUCCUGCUCGUUAUCGGUCGUGCGCGAUAGAGAAAAGCUUCGUGGUCGACAUUGAUUAUAUUAAGGUGAUCCAUAGACGUCUACUGCGCAUCCUGACAGGAACUAGAAAGCGUGCGUACCUUAAAAAAGAAAGAAAAAGUGGCUUUUUUUUCAUUCUACCAGAACUCGCCAGGGAGGGAAUUUCUUAUUUUCUCCGCGUAGUUAAAGGGGCAUAAUAAAAAUAUAAUUUCUUCGCGUUUCUUGACCAGUUUCCAAUGCAUAAUAAGAAGUCGUGAUAGUCAUUGAAUUGUCUGGCUUCUAAUUUCUCCCAAUAGUGUCUCUCUUGAAUCAAAUGUAAAGGUCAUGAGAAUGAAGACUAUGAUCACCAAUUUAAGAGGCUCAUGAAAUGGUCGCCAUAUUCUCCUUGCCCGGAUCAUAAGGAAUGUAAAGAGAACAGUAUGCGGAAUAUGACUGCAAAUGUUGAGGUAGAAAGGGUCAAAACAACCAACCGAGAAAAUGCGACUUUUUGUUAUAGAACUGAUUCAGCAGCAAAUGAUCCGUGCUAGCUGCCAACAACUGACUCGUUUUUUUCCAAUUUUAAGUCUAUUUAGUGUGUGGAGUGCGCGUGCGCCAAAGAUGAACACCACUGAAUACUGGGAGAUGAGGAAUAUGGGUGUAAAGUUUAACGUGGGAGAUCAACGCACAGCCUCUGUUCAGGCUGGUUACCAGAUCGCUGGUCUCGUGGCCACAAUUGGUGUUGCUAUCAUCGGCGGAAUUGUAACUGGUAAUAAAACUAUUAUACCGUAA